UUCACGGAAAUCAGCCGAUUAUGAUCGGUGGCCGAUCGAUCGGCACAACUCUAGUUCUAUUUGGUACUGAUGGGUCUGAUGGUUCUGUUUGGUAUUGAUGGUUCUGAUGGUUCUGUUGGGUCCAGAGUAUCUAACCCGACCCGUCUGCAGGUGAUCCACCGGCUGCCGAUGCCGAACCUGAACGAUGAGCUCCAUCACUCCGGUUGGAACGCCUGCAGCAGCUGCUUCGGCGACCCGACCCGAACCCGGAACCGGCUCAUCCUGCCGUCGCUCAUCUCCUCCCGGAUCUACGUGAUCGAUGUCGGAACCGAGCCCAGAGCGCCACGGAUCCACAAGACGGUGGAGCCCAUCGAUCUGUACUGGAAGUGCGGCCUGGCCAACCCUCACACCAGCCACUGCCUGGCCAGUGGACAGGUCAUGAUCAGCUGCAUGGGAGAGCCAGCAGGUGGCGGUAAAGGGGGUUUUGUUCUGCUGGACGGUGAGACGUUCGAGGUGGUCGGUAACUGGGAGCAUCCAGGUGAGGCGGCACCGUUCGGCUACGACUUCUGGUACCAGCCCCGCCAUAACGUGAUGAUCAGCACCGAGUGGGGGGCGCCCAAAGCUCUGGUCCACGGCUUCAACCCGGCCCACGUCAAGGAAGGUCAGCGGUCUUGUAACAGUCAUAAUUGUGCAGUGUCUAAACGACUUAUGAUUAAAACUAGAAUACAGUCAGAAGGUUCUGAAGUUACUGGUGAAAUGGACCAGAACCACCUAGAACCCAGAACCCACAGAACAGAGACUGUCCAUCACCAGAACCAUCAAAAGGUUCUGAUGGUUCUGAUGUUUCCUCAGAAAGGCGACUGGGCCGCAGAGAAGGUGAUCAGAGUUCCCAGUAAGAAGGUGGAGGGAUGGAUGCUGCCUGAGAUGCCAGGCCUCAUCACCGACAUCCUCAUCUCGUUGGACGACCGCUUCCUCUACUUCAGCAACUGGCUCCACGGUGACAUCAGACAGUAUGACAUCACAGACCGCAGGAACCCACAAUUGGUUGGACAGGUGUUCCUGGGAGGAAGCAUCAUCAGAGACGGACCAGUCAAAGUCCUGGAGGAUCCAGAAAAGAAGGAACAGCCGGCUCCUUGCAUCAUCAAGGGGAAGCGUGUCCCUGGAAGUCCCCAGAUGCUGCAGCUCAGUCUGGACGGUCAGAGACUUUACGUCACCACGUCUCUGUUCAGCGGUUGGGACAAGCAGUUCUACCCGGACAUGAUGAGAGAGGGCUCGGUGAUGAUGCGGAUCGAUGUGGACGCGGAGCGGGGCGGUCUGUCCCUCAACAGGGACUUCCUGGUGGACUUCGGUCAGGAGCCCGACGGCCCGGCUCUGGCCCAUGAGCUGCGCUACCCGGGGGGCGACUGCACCUCCGACAUCUGGGUCUGACGGAGGAGCGCUGUGCCAACAGGGGGCGCUGUGGUUAGAGAUUUGCUACCGAUUGUAAGCUGAGGAAGAGGGUGAAAUGUCCGCCACGUGCUGGAAGCCUUUAAUAAAUCAGAUUUGCCUUCUGCA